AUGCCCACAUUCUUGACGCACGAGAAAGCACCAGUCUAUUCGUCCGAUACCGACUUCCUAGACCUUGAUCCGAGCAACACGCUUAGCCUGGGGGCCAAGAGCAAACACGGCGGCCACGACACGAAUGGCCACACCCAUCCUCUAGUCCUCGGCAAACAAAACUCUCCUCUACAGCCGGAUGACAGUUUUGACGAAAGCUCCUUUUCAUCCGUUCCCGCUUCCGAUUCCUCCGACUCUUGCCCCGCACAGGUGAAUGGCACCAGACCUACCAGUAUGAGCUCGUUGCCUCACGGCAGAUCGGCCAACGGUGGAGGAUAUGAGGACAAUGGCGAUCAUUACACAAACCACGAUACGCAGCAGAGGGGAAAUGGCGCUCCGUUCCCCAUUCAAAAUGGCAGCGUCGUCAAGAUGCCCGACAGAACAGCGCCUCCCCCUCCAACCAAAAAUGGCAACGUACAACCUUUGUCCGGUGCUAGUUUGACACAAGCCCCCUCCGAGACGACAUUUUCUCACCACGACCAAAGCACUGCACCGACCACCCCGGCCCGCAACACGACUUCUGCCUCGGCGAUCCUGGAGUCUCGCAACGCCCAUUCACCGCACCGCUUCUCGUCUCCUCCCAUCUACGAAGCAAAUGGCGCCGAUGCCUCUUCGUCUUUGCAGGUCCCCCCCAACACUGGUCUGAAGCAAAGACACACCCUUGAAGUGCCUAAGGUGCAACCAGGCAGGAGCUCCAAAGACGGACACGACACGGCUUUUGCAAGCGGUCGGUUCUCCCCGACGGCGGCGACGGCAGGAGUUCGUAGGGCAUCACUCAGUCUAGGACGCAGGAACACAAGGUCACUGCAGUCCGAUGCGCCACGCGAUGACGUAGUGCCCGACGAGGAUGCCCUUCGCUGGGCAGAAGCCUACCGCCAGAAAAGGGCAAGCAAGAGAAAGAAGAAGGAAGAGGAAGACGACGAUCGUGUGCUUGUUGGUACCAAAGUCGACGAGCAUCAUGCCAACUGGGUUACGGCAUACAACAUGCUUACAGGCAUCCGUGUCUCCGUGUCGCGUACGAACGCCAAGCUUGACAGACCACCCACAGAUGCCGACUUCGUUGCCAAACAAAAGUCCACCUUUGACAUUGCUGGCAAUGAACUUGUCCCGUCGGCCAAGUACGACUUCAAGUUUAAGGACUACGCACCAUGGGUCUUCCGUCGGCUGCGCUCACUUUUCCGACUUGACCCUGCAGACUACCUCAUGUCUCUCACAGGAAAGUACAUACUCUCUGAGCUCGGUUCUCCGGGCAAGAGCGGAAGCUUUUUCUACUUCUCUAGGGACUACAAGUACAUCAUUAAGACCAUCCAUCAUGCCGAACACAAGUUUCUUCGCAAAAUUCUCAAAGAUUAUUACCAGCAUGUCAGCGACAACCCCAACACCUUGCUGUCUCAAUUUUAUGGUCUUCACCGUGUCAAGAUGCCCUAUGGCAAGAAGAUUCAUUUUGUUGUCAUGAACAAUCUUUUCCCGCCGCACCGGGAUAUUCACUCCACCUUCGAUCUCAAAGGCUCGACUAUUGGUCGUGAUUAUCGCGAGGAGGACCUGGACAAGAACCCAAGGGCCACAAUGAAGGAUCUCAACUGGUUGAGGCGGCAACGCUCUCUUGAGCUAGGUAUCCAGAAGAAGCGACUUUUCCUGGAACAGCUCAACCGAGACGUCGCACUCAUGAAGAAGCUGAAGAUAAUGGACUACUCACUCCUUAUUGGUAUCCACGACGUAUCCAGGGGGAACGAGGAGAACUUGAGGGGCAAGACUCUACAGGUGUUCAACCCCGGUGGCGACGCCACACAGGACGAUGCUGAGCCUCAGUCGGUGCUUCUGAGAACGCCAUCAAAGUUGGAGAACGCACGAAAGGCCAAGGAACUGAGGCAGAUGAUCCGUCAAGAACGGCCCGUGCCCAUGGGCGCAUCCAACAAGAUGCCGGACGAGCUAGACGAAGCGCACAACAGAGCGGGCUUCAUUUUCAACCAAGACGACGGCGGCCUUCGAGCCACACACGAAGACAACUCUCCAGCUGACGAAAUCUACUACCUGGGAGUGAUCGACUGCCUGACUCACUACGGAAUGAUCAAAAAGAUUGAACACUUCUGGAAGGGGUUAACAAAUGAUAGAAAUCAAAUCUCUGCCACCCCUCCCAGUCAAUACGGAGAUCGUUUCUACCAUUUUGUGGAGGGCAUCACUAUGUCACCAGAGCAAGCUGCCCGCGAGAAGCAACAAAAGCAAGAAGAAGAGGCAGCGGCUGCUGUUGUGAGCGAUAACCAGAAUCAACGUGUCUCCAGCUGGAGAAGCUCAAACUCCCGGCGACGAUCCAACUCGGCGUCAGCGCCUCCCAUGCCCUCCCAUCAACCGCCGCCAGCCCCUCUGCCAAGUGGACAAAUGUCUCCCGAGGCGCAGGAGGUUAUCGAAAAGGCUGAGCUCGUGGCACAGAGGUCAGCGGAGCGUGGUGCGUCGGAAGAGUCUGUUCCAGACAAGGUCAUGACGACGACACCAGCACCCGACAGACGGGAAUCCGGACAGACGCAGCCAGUCCUGCCUGUUGUCGAGGAAGCUGCCGAAUCACACUCAAUUGGAGGACGCAGCCGCGAUGGGGACGACGAACAUAGGCCUGCAACGCCGGCAAAGCCUGAUUUCUUGAACAAGUUGCCGGGGUUCAGGAAUUACGCUCCUCCCACGCCACCAAAGACUGGCCUGAAGCCUGAGAGUCAGGACAGCGGAUACGGUGCCAUGACGCAGUCGAGAAGCAACGACUCCAAGUCCUUCAGCCCAGAUGAGUCGUUCGGGCUCCAACCAAGGCUAAGCAAAGACUCUUUGAACAAGGAUCUGCCACCUCUGCCUGGCGAGACUGUGCCCGAAACCAGAGCUCGACUUGGCCUUGCAUAG